AUGGGGGCUUCCUCGGCUUCAUCCUCCCAUUCCAGGUCCAGCCGAAAGGCGACUUCUGACAAACCACAUAUCACGGAGUUGCCAAUUACAUGGACAAACUGGUGGAAACAUGUUGACUGGCUCAACGUCUACUUCAUCUUGGUUAUCCCGUUGAUCGGAUGCUAUUGGGCUUGGUUUACCCCAUUACAGAGUAAAACUGCCAUCUGGGCUGUUGUUUACUACUUCAACACCGGCCUCGGAAUUACAGCGGGUUACCAUCGAUUGUGGGCCCAUACCUCUUAUUCCGCCACAUUGCCUUUAAAACUAUACCUCGCCGCCGUUGGAGCUGGUGCCGUUGAAGGGUCUAUCAGAUGGUGGGCCCGUGGCCAUCGAGCCCACCAUCGCUACACCGAUACCGAUAAGGACCCUUAUUCUGUUCGGAAGGGUCUCCUCUACUCCCACAUCGGAUGGAUGGUUAUGAAACAGAACCCCAAGCGUAUCGGCCGCACCGAUAUCACCGACCUUAGCGAAGACCCCGUCGUCAUCUGGCAACACAAGCAUUACAUUCCUAUCGUCACAUUCAUGUCUCUGAUCUUCCCCAUGUUGGUCUCUGGGUUAGGCUGGGGAGAUUGGAAAGGCGGUUUUAUUUACGCUGGUAUUCUCAGGAUUUUCUUCGUUCAGCAAGCUACUUUUUGUGUCAACUCGCUGGCCCAUUGGCUUGGUGAUCAGCCCUUUGACGAUAGAAACUCUCCAAGAGAUCAUGUCAUCACCGCUCUUGUUACCCUCGGAGAAGGCUACCACAACUUUCACCACGAAUUCCCAAGCGACUACAGAAAUGCCAUUGAAUGGUUCCAGUACGAUCCUACCAAAUGGUCUAUCUGGAUCUGGAAACAACUUGGCUUGGCGUAUGACCUCAAGGAAUUCAAGUCUAACGAGAUCGAAAAGGGGAGACUCCAACAAAUGCAGAAGAAGCUUGACAGAGUUCGUGCAAAGCUCGACUGGGGUAUUCCUCUCGAGCAACUCCCCGUCAUCGAAUUCGAAGACUUCCAAGAACAAGCACGCAAUGGAAAGGCACUUAUUGCUGUCGCUGGUGUUAUCCACGACGUCGGUGAUUUUAUCAAGGAUCACCCAGGUGGGAGGGCUAUGAUCAAUUCUGGUAUUGGGAAGGAUGCUACGGCGAUGUUUAAUGGCGGUGUUUAUAACCAUUCCAAUGCUGCUCACAACUUGCUAUCAACCAUGAGGGUUGGUGUCAUUCGUGGUGGUUGUGAAGUUGAAAUCUGGAAGCAAGCACAGCGAGAGAACAAAGACAUUUCGUUCGUUAAUGAUUCAACAGGUACAAGGAUAAUCCGUGCUGGUGCUCAGGUCACCAGGAUCUCGGAACCCGUCAUUGCUGCCCAACCUGCCUAG